GGUCUUUGUUACAGCAGGCAGAGGAGGCAGGGACGGGAUGUGGGAUCCAGUUCCUGUUUUACUGUGAAAGAAACCGAUGGAUCCAAAGUAUGAUGGAGGUGAUGGUCGGCUGUGCCGUCUGGAUUUUUCUCUGGAUGUUAUCUCCUGCAGAAGGAGAUGCUGAGGUGUCCUGUGUUUUUAUGGAGCGCUGCAUCUUACCGUGCAGCUUCCAGGGCGGCACUGAUGCAGUCAUCCACUGGACUGUGGUGACAGCUGGAGACACUCUUGUCCACUCCUACUACAACAACCAAGACCAGCUGGGACACCAGGGCCAGCACUUCAGAGGCAGGACAUCACUGUUCAAGGACCAGAUCUCCAGAGGAAACGCCUCGCUCCAGCUGACUGGGGUCCAGGUUCAGGACCAGGGCAGAUACAAGUGUUUCACCAGCAUCAUCAGAGGCAACAAGAAUUCAUUUAUCAACCUACAAGUGGACGCUCCGGUCCAUAAAGUCGACAUGGAGCAGGAAGAAAACAGGAUCACCUGCAGCUCAGAGGGGAUCUACCCUGAGCCUGAACUCACCUGGUCCACCAGACCUCCGUCCAACGUGACCUUCAAGAACACAACCAGAGUCCAGCAGACUGAACAGCAGCUCUACAACAUCAACAGCUCUCUGAUACUUUCAGACAGGGUUACUGAUCUGGUCUACAGCUGCACCGUCAGCACUCGCAGGAACAGGAGGAGAGCCACUUUGAGGGAACUGACUUCUCUCGAUGGUUCGAGCUCUGACACAACAAUCCCCUGCUCUGCCUCAAACACUUCCCUUCUGAACUUCAGCCUCGUCUGGAGAUUCAACCGCAGUCGGAUCAUCCUGAACCGGACCAGGACCAGCGUCCCCUACACAGUCUCAGAGGAGUGGAGGCAGCAGGUGAAGGGUGUGUCUGAGUCAGGCAGCCUCACACUACAAGACUUGUCUUUGAAACAGGAGGGGAUAUACACCUGUGAACUCAGCGAUGACGAGGAGACAAACAUAACCAACACCCUGCUGAGGAUAGAAGGGAGUCAAACUGGUGUCACACGUCUUAAUGUAGGUUUGAUGGUUGGAGCCAUUUUGGUUGCAGUUCUAGCAGCAGGCCUUGUUGUGCUUUACUACAAAAAUAAAAAGAGAGAGGAAGAAGAACAGACAUGGAGCUAUAAAACCUUCUUAUGUUGUUUGCAGAAAGAUCAAACACCUGAAGGAACAUAUGAAGAGGGACAAAGUCUGGAAGAAGCAAAUGUUUGACUCUAUAAUGAACCAGAGUAACUACAAGAUGCAACAACCAGCUGCUGCAGAGAAAUCAAGUCACGUUGGGCUACUUGGAAGUUUAACUGCAACUGCUAACCAUUUCAUGCAGAUACAGGGGUGGGUCUGUCUGUGUGGAUAUUUAACUUUUAUUGCCAAAA